UACCCUGUUCUAUACCUCUCAGGCUCUCAUACAUCACAUCUUUAUGGUUUUCCAAUGCAAAAUACAAGCUGUAUUUCUUCUUCUUUUCUCAUUUCCAUUUUUCCUUCCUCUUCAUGUUGUUUAUUCGAGAACAACUAUGCAUUUAUACAUAAUAAUGUUUCAAUUAAUGUUUUCAUAGGGAAUUAUAAUACAUGAAACAGAAAAACAAACAGAGCAGAUACAGAGCACAUGGUUCUUCACUUCUUCUUUCUCUUCUCAUUAAUUAAUUUUUCUUACUCCUAUUAAUUUUCAAAAACAAUGCAAUGUCUUUCUACUAAUCCCAGGUGAAACCUCCCUUACUCCUCCCUAUUGUUUCGCUCACACGUUAUCAAUUUUGUUUUUUUACCUUUUUCCCUGUCAGUUUCCUUUUCUCUUUCUCCACCUUCUCUGUUUUUGUUUUCACUUUUCACCAACACCACACUAACUUAAAGGUUUGUACUUUGUACCCUUAUCUUCCUUCUAAGUUAUACUAAUCUUACUCUCUUGGACCUUCCAUUCCUGUUGAUUCUUCCACUGCACUUAAUCUCUUUUGGGCAGGUCAAGGGGAGAACACAAAACUUGGAAUGCACUCAAACAAGGAAGCAACAACCAAGUCAACGAUCAACACCAUGUUUUCAAAGGGUCAUGGUAACCCAAAUGUGGCUGAUUUGGAAUUAAGGCCUGGAGGAAUGGUGGUUCAAAAGCGUAACUCAGAUUCUGAUAUGAAUCAAAGUUCUUCCUCUGUUUUUAAUUCUACCAUCAGAGUGAAAGUGAAGUAUGGCUCGUCCUAUCACGAGAUUCGUACCAGUCCUCAUGCAAGUUUUGGGGAAUUGAAGAAAAUGUUGACAGAACAAACAGGAUUGCAUGUUCAGGAUCAGAAAUUGAUGUUCAAGAAGAAAGAGAGACAUUCAAAAUCAUAUCUUGAUGUUGAGAGGGUCAAAGAUGGAUCAAAGCUGGUGCUGCUUGAGGACAUUGAGUGUAGAGAAAGAAGAAUACUCGAGGCGUUACAGAUUGCCAAGAAGGAGAAGACUUCAAAAUCCUUGAAAGAAAUCACCCAUGAGGUUGACAAACUCGCCAAGAAGGUUGUAGCUUUGGAGGCUGCUGCUACUACAGGUGGAGUUGCAGAAGAGUUGGAUGUUGAGACUUUGACAGAAAAUUUGAUGAGAUUAUUGAUUGCAUUGGAUGAAAUUUAUGGUGAGGGUGAACUGAAAUUGCAGAGAAGAGAGCAGGUUUGGAGAGUUCAGAAACACAUUGAGACUCUAGACAAGUUGAAGAAUCCAAAGCCAAAAUCAACUCCCCUAAGAAAUGAAGGUAACAUGGAAUGUGAGGUGCAUUCUGAUGUUCAGAAGCAGCACAUGAAAGAGAGGCAGGGAAAUACAGCGGUGGAACAAAUUUCUAAGAUGCAGCAGCAACUACAGUUGAAACAUUCUGACUCAGUUGUAGUAACAACAAAAUGGGAAAUAUUCGAUUAAGGUUUUUAGGUUGCAACAAAACUGUGUCCCACAUUAGGCAUCUAGGUGUGGGUUGCUUUCCUAUUGAGAAGUUCAAUUCUUUUUAUUUAGCUGCAAAUUUAAUUUGAGAAGCAAAUUAGUAAAGGGUAGUUUGUGUUUCCUUCUCCUAGUUGCCUUUUUAUGGUAGGAUCCUAAACUCCAUCCAAGUUGUAUUUGUGUAGCAAAAUGGCAAAUGCAUGGUAUGUUGGAUUGUAAAGUUUAGGGACAGAAUGAACAUUUCAUGGUUGUAAAUUUUAUAUAUUCUUUCCCUAAUACACUAAUACAUGUAUCUUUUACGGGAGUCAA